CUCGUGGCCGGUUCUGUUCCGCGUGUUGGCAGUGAAACCACUAACGGAUUAGACCGAGCUCGGAUCUGUUAAUUCUCGCUUCUUCGACGUAACAACUCCAUACAUAUCCGACAAUUUUAAAGUGAAUUAUCACAGCAAAAUCGGUAGCGUAGCGUUAGAUCCCACCCACAGAGGCAUUGUUUACAUGUUUGACAGGUACCAGGGACUUAGCUGGUAGCCACCGCGAGAGAACAGUUAGUCUGUCCAAGUUUAUGAGAAAUAUUAACGUUAAAAGUUACAGCAGAUUAAAAGAAGGUGAUAACUCUGAACUAACGAGAUGACAGCGGAACUCGAGCAAAUUCUUUUACAGCUGACACAGCCUGACAAUGCAAUUAUUCAUCAGGCCACAGCCCAGUUGAAACAGGCUUUCAAAGAUCCGGCCAUUGUACAAGCCCUGUGUGCUGUCGUGAGUGGCUCCCAAAACCCUCAGGUUCGUCAGUCAGCUGCAGUGAUGCUGAGGUUGAGAGUGAAGAAACACUGGAAGAAUAUUAACCCCAGUGACAGAGAGAGCCUUAAGUUGGUGGUGUUGCAGGCCUUCAUGCAGGAAACAGAGCACACAGUGCAGCACUCCCUCUCCCAGGUGUGCGCAGUGAUGGUUAAACAUGAGACACCGGACCGUUGGCCUGCCCUCCUACAGCUACUCAAUCAGUCCACCAAAAGCAGCAACCCUCAUGACAGACAGGUUGGCUUCCUGCUGCUAAAUAAGGUGAUAGAGUCCAACCCCGAGCCUUUCAAGCCUCACUACUGCCAGCUAUUGCAGCUGUUUAGUACUGUACUGCAGGACCACAACAACCCAAAAGCUCUGUACUACUGCAUCCUCACCCUCACAGCCAUAACUGCAUACACUGGCUCAGAGGAGAUGAACCAGAUGCGUGCUAUCAUCCCAAGUCUCAUUGUUGCUCUCAAACACCUCAUCAAGGCAGAUCAGGACCAAGCCAGUGAGGCCAUGGAGGUGUUUAAUGAGCUCAUGGAGAGUGAGGUGUCCAUCAUUGUCCCUCAUAUUGCUGACAUUGUCCACUUCUGCUUGGAGGUGGGCAGUGAUACUGCGCUGAGUGGCUCUGUGCGGGUGAAAGCUCUCUCUUGCAUUGCCUUCCUCAUCAAGUUGAAGAGCAAGACUGUGCUGAAGCAGAAGCUGCUGAACCCCAUCCUGCAGGCCAUUUUCCCUGUACUUGUUGCAGCUCCCCCUCCUGGUGAGCAGGACCCAGACGACAACGAGGAUGACAUUGGAGAUGGCACAGACGAUGACAAUCCCAAACAUUGUGCUGCACAGAUUAUCGACACUAUGGCACUCCAUAUGCCUCCGGAGAAACUGUUUCAGCAGCUAAUGCCCUUCACUCAAGCCUGCCUUGCUAGUGAAAACCCCUAUCAGAGGAAAGGGGGUCUCUUGUGUCUUGCUGUGCUGGCUGAAGGAUGUGCUGACUACAUACGGACCAAGAUGCUGUCAUCAGUGCUGCAGACAGUGUGCCAAAGUCUUUCUGACAGUAAUCAAGUGGUGCGCUGUGCUGGCCUUUUUGCUCUGGGACAGUUCUCUGAACAUUUGCAGCCCGAAGUGAGCAAGUACUGUUCUGAGUUGAUGCCUUUACUAUUGGGAUACCUUUCGUCCUUGAACCGGGCCAAGGUCCGCCACGUCACCAAGGCCUUUUACGCCCUAGAGAACUUCAUGGAGAACCUAGGAUCAGAUAUUGAGCCCUACCUGCCCACACUGAUGGAGACUAUGUUGUCUGCCCUUAACAACAAUGAAAACCUCAAGAUAAAAGAGCUUGCUGUGUCUGCAAUAGGUGCCAUAGCCAAUGCUGCCAAAGAGCUGCUGGUUCCCUUCUUCCCCCCAGUUAUUGAAAGCCUUAAGGGCUUCCUGACCACUACCACAGAAGAAAUGAGGUCUCUACAAACUCAGUCCUUGGAUACCCUCUCUGUGCUUGCCCGCACCAUUGGCAAAGAUGUUUUCAGUCCUCUUGCUGCAGAAUGUGUUCAGCUGGGCCUCAACCUUACUGACACCAUAGACGACCCUGACCUGAGACGCUGCACGUACAGUCUAUAUUCAGCUGUAUCCACAGUCAGCCCUGACUGCCUGACUCCUCAUCUCACUGCCAUUACAACAGUCAUGAUGCUUGCCCUCAAGUCUAAUGAAGGCAUCACGGCACACCUUGAGGAGGACAAGACGUUUGUCUUGCUGGAUGAUGAUGAGGACGACAGAGAGGAAGAAAAAGAUGUAGAUGAUUUUCUGGAAGAUGAAGCUGAAACGGAUGUCCAUGAUGUUGCAGGAUUCAGUGUUGAGAAUGCCUACAUUGAUGAAAAGGAGGAUGCCUGUGAUGCACUGGGAGAGAUAGCCUUCAACACAGGCGCUGCCUAUCAAGCCUUCCUGGAGUCUAGCUUCCAGCAGGUUUACGAGAUGAGAGAUUUUCCCCAUGAGGAUGUCCGCAGGGCAGCAUUUGGAGCCAUGGGCCAGUUUUGUCAAGCUCAGCACAAAGUGUGGAAGGAGAAUCCCACUGAGGCCAACCACCAUGCCCUACUAAAGUUGCUGGACAUGGUGCUUCCGUGUUUCGUGGAAACAGUUCGGACAGAGCAUGAGCGCCAGGUUGUGAUGGGCGUCCUGGAAACCAUGAACAAUGUCAUCAAGUCCUGCAAGGAGGAAGUUUUCAAAAAUCCAUUACACCUUAAGGAAAUCAGCUAUGUCAUUCGUGAUGUGCUGAAGAAGAAGACUGCUUGUCAGGAUGCUGGUGGAGAUGAAGCUGACGAUGAAGACCAGCAGGCAGAGUAUGAUGCUAUGCUCCAGGAGUUUGCUGGUGAGGGAAUUCCCCUGUUGGCCUCUUCUGUCCCUGCAGACAGCUUUGCCCCUUUCCUGAAUGACCUGCUUCCUCUCAUCAUGAGCAAAGCUAAAUCUUCGUGCACAGUGGCAGACCGUUCCUUCUCUGUGGGUACUAUUGGAGAAAUCCUUCAGGCCCUUGUGAGUGUAUCUGGGGGCAGAGGAGUGGCAGGCCGUCUGUCCAAUCGCUUGCUUCCUGUGCUGGUAGCUGGCAUUAAAGACAGUGAUCCUGAGGUUCGCAACAAUAGCGUUUUUGGACUGGGAUGUCUGGCCCAGGCAGCUGGACCGAUUGUUGUAUCAGACUAUCCCAUGAUGUUGUCUGUGUUUUCCAACCUGCUGGCCAAAGAGUCGGAUCUCAGGGUGAUCGACAACCUGUGUGCUGCCCUCUGCAGGAUGAUCCUAAGCAAUAAGGAUGCUAUCCCUUUGGAGCAGGUUGUGCCAGCUCUGGUCGCUCGUCUUCCCCUUAAAGAGGACUUGGAGGAGAACAAGACAGUGUACAGCUGCCUGGCUAUGCUCUACACACACAGCCCUGAUCUGAUUGUUAAGCUAAUGAGGCCCAUAGUUGCUGCUUCCAGCCAUGUCCUGGACAACAAGAAUGUUGAUAAAGAAACCCAGGACACUGUGGCCAUACUGAUGAGAGAAUUCGCUCAGCAUCACUCAGCAGACUUCCAGUCAGCUUUGAUCUCACUUGCUGAAGGGCAACAAGCCAAACUCAGUGUGGCCAUCUCUGCCUCGUAGCCCACACACAUCCUUCAGCUCUUAUGUGAAAGCCAGCCAAAACAAUGCAUUUUAACCUGUAUGUGGAAAAUGGGACUGUUAUUUUUAAUGGUUCCCUAAAAUAAUUUCAGUGCAGCAUUUCAGCUAUCCAUUAGUUAUCUCCUUCAGCAGUUCCGGUUCUGAGUAUUAACUCUUAAUUUAUUUGUUUAUGUUCAUGCUAUGUUGAAGUUUUAUUACUUUAAGAGUUACGGUUUACCAUCUUGUGUUGUUACCAUUGGAUUUAGAUUUUCUGUUAUCCUGUAAAGUGCUACUAUGAAUUGAGACUGUGCACUUUUUGCUACCGUUUAGACAGAUGUCUGGGUUUGCUUCCAAAUGUGAAGCAAUGAGUUUGAUCUCCUGUUAAAUGUAAUAUCGCUUACUCAGACAUUCAUCUGCUGCUUCUGAAGAGAUUUCUCUAAUGGCCCAACACCGCAGCUCCUGUGGACUCUGGCAGAUAUUUAAUAGUGAGAAUUACUCAGAACUCACUGACUAACGGGACAUACUGAGGUCUAAUAGGUGAUGGUCACUUUUUUAAGUACUUUCUUUACCCUGCAUUUGACACUUGCAAGAUAUUUUUUUUUUUUUACAAAUGCUACAAAAAUUUAAUAUAAUCCUACAAUGCUGGCAAAUUUCGUCAUGCGGUUAAUGCUAAGCCAUUCAAUCUUGCCUUGCUGUAGAAAGAGAAACUGAUGACACUUUGAAUCCUCUAAAUAAAUGCAAACUUGCCUUUUGGAAUGAAAAUGGGAGUUAAAAGCUUUUCUUUGCCAUAGCCUCUUUUUAAUGAGUAACCAGAUGGGUAGCUCAGGCAUUCAUAAUAAAAUGCACUUUGUUUUAGAUGGUAGUA